AUGGUGGCUUAUCUGCCUGAGUACGAACACGAAGAGCAGCAGGGGCCGUUGACGCCCUCGACGAUCCCACCCUUCGCCGGACGCUUGGGAGGAAACCAGGACUUUGUCGUUGACAGGAACGAUCCUCGGAAUGAGAAGGUGUUGGAAAAGGUGCCCGAUGCGGCACCGUGUAUGACACUGCGAGAGGUCUUCGACUUCCGAGGGUUCCUCAGUGCUGAUCUAUGGAAGUUUGCACUAUUAGAAUGUGUCGCCAGCAUGAUGAACGUCUUUAUCACAGCGUGGGUAACCACGCACGCCCCAUCCAACGACGGCGCCCCUAAAUCGCAGGCCGGUAUCUACGCCACCCUCACCUUCUUCUCGCCCAUGUUCGGCGGUAUCACCAACCUGCUCCUCACGCCGCUGUUAAUCUACACCUUCGGCCCGUCUAGUGGUGGCCACAUCAGUCCCACCAUCACGCUAGCCACCUUCUUUGCGCGCAUCAUCUCCUUUCCGCGCAUGGUUCUGUACCUGGUGGGCCAGACGCUGGGCGGUGCACUGGCCGGCUUUGCUCUUCAUAGCGCGUACGGCACCCGCACGUUCACCGUGGGUGGAUGCUAUAUUGAUACGGGGCUGGUUCCCGUGAAGGAUGCGCUGAUCAUUGAGUUCAUGGCGUGCUUGAUCUUAAUUUUCUUGGCAUUUGGAGUAGCGCUAGAUCCGAGACAGGCAAAGGUGUUUGGACAUGCGACCGCGCCGUGGUUCGUGGGCGUCGUGCUGGGUGUUGUGACAUGGGGAACAGCGUGGACUAGAGACGGAUAUAUCGGUGCCAGUGUAAAUCCCGCCCGAUGCUUCGGUGCCUACGUGGCGUCAAGCUUUCCUGGGUACCAUUGGAUCCAUUGGGUCGGUCCAUUGGCGGCCGCAGUGGCUCAUGGCCUUGUGUAUUUUAUUGACCCGCUUUGGCAAGACCCCCGGACGCCUUCGAGUUCCUAA